AUGGCAGCCAAGCACGCCAGAGGCAGCGAGGUUCCAGCCACUGCCUCAGUGAGAGAGAGCCAGGAGAAGAGCAGCAAAGCAGUAGAGGUGUCAGGGGGAGCUCCUUCAUUGCUCCGUAGGCAGUCGUGUAGGCCGUCGUCUAGGCCAGCUCCCAGCCAGGCUCAUGCCCACACUAAACCCCAGGCCCUCUUCAGCCUGAAAGGGCUCGUCGCCACCCAGAAGUUCUCCAAGGCACUCAAGGAACGCAUUGCACUGAAGAUUGCAAUGAGGAACAUCCCGGCAAGGAAACCUAUUGUUAUAGUCAAUGAGCAGGUGCCAGCGGGUUCGGCCCAGCCUGCCGAGAUGUUCCCCUGCGGCCUGAUCCAUCGGAUGCUGCAGGACUUCCUGUCAUCUCGGCUGGAGGCCAUGGAUUAUAGCGCCCCCUCCUGUGGUGGUCUGGUCAAGGCGCUGAGUGAGGAGGUGAAGGCUCUGGUGAGGACUGUGUGUCCUGACCGCUACCGGCUGGUGUGUACUGUGGCGCUAGGCCAGCUGGGUCCAGAGGGGCAGCAAGGAUAUGGAGGGCUCGUACUGGCUAGUCGUAGUCUCUGGGAUCCCCAUAUAGACACCUGUGUUGCCCACACCUACCAGAGCCAAGAGAUGUUCUGUACUGCAAAUGUGUUUGCUGUGUACUUCGAGUAA